AUGCCCCUCACAAACAGCACUAAAAUCACAGAAUUCAUUUUACUGGGGCUCACAGAUCGCCCAGAACUCCAGCUUCCUUUUGUGCUGUUUCUGUUUGUUUACCUUGUCACUGUCUUAGGCAACAUGGGCAUGAUGGUCCUGAUCAGACUGGAUUCCCACCUUCACACACCUAUGUACUUCUUCCUCAGUAAUUUGGCAUUUGUGGAUAUGUGUUAUACCUUAAUGGCUACCCCUCAGAUGUUGGCCAAUUUCUUAUCAGACAAGAAGACAAUUUCCUUCAUUGGCUGCUUUGUCCAGUGUUACCUUUUCAUUGCUCUUCUCUUCACAGAGUUUUACAUGCUGGCAGCCAUGGCCUAUGACCGCUAUGUGGCCAUAUGUAAUCCUCUGUGUUACAGUGUGAAAAUGUCUAGGGGAGUCUGCAUGUGCUUGGCCAUGUGUCCUUAUAUCUAUGGUUUCUCAGAUGGGCUAUUCCAAGCCAUCUUGACCUUCAGUAUGACCUUCUGUAAAUCCAAUGUCAUCAACCACUUCUAUUGUGCUGAUCCACCACUCAUUAAACUGUCUUGCUCUGAUACUUACAUUAAAGAACAUGCCAUGUUAAUAUCAGGGUUUAAUCUCUCCAGCUCCCUCACAAUCAUCCUGGUGUCCUAUGCUUUCCUUAUUGCUGCCAUCUUAAGGAUCAAAUCAGCUGAAGGAGUAAGCCAGAUCUUCUUUCUCUGA